GUCUGGUCUUUCGUUACUUAAACUUGAUGUUCGUCUGAAUGCGGGUGUGUGAGUAAACCCUCACAGCUCUUCAGCUCCAAGAGAACGUUCUCAAGGCAGCAGCCUAUACUCGGAGAUAUGAGUGGGGCUGAAGCGGAACCGGUUGAUCUCCCAAAGCCUGCCAGGAAAGCUGGACUUCUGGAAAAGUUCCACAUUGUGCGGGGACACCUAGGGGCUGACACUGGAGUCUUUGUCACGGCCCAGUAUGUCGGAGAGGGUCGUCUGGAUAAACAUACUCUAUAUCCCGCAUUGACUCUCCUGUUACAGCAACACCGCGCUCUAAGCACUCAGGUACACGACGCAGGAACGGAGCAACCAUUCUAUGUAUCAUUGAAGAUCGUGGAUCUAUCUCGAAUUGUCCGUUUUUACGAUGCAGACAGCAAACAACUGAGCGAGGUUGCGGAAUCCUACUUAUUGGACCAAAUAGAAUACGCUACCGAUACCCCGUUGUGGCGGUUAGGCGUGUUCCCGGAUAACAGAGUGAUCAUUCACUACGAUCAUUCUAUCGGCGAUGGACAGAGUGGACUUGCAUUCCACCGCUCUCUCUUGACUGCACUCAAUUCCACGAGUCCGUCACAGGAUGAGCCUUCGUCCGUCGUCCCAAUACCCGAAUCUCUUGAAUUGCAACCUACAGUGGAAAAGGCCACGGAUGUAUCCCUUUCUUUCUUCAAAAUCUGUCAGGAGAUCUUCAAUGCUUUUGCUCCCAUCCGAUGGCGGAAGGCCGGUUCUUCGUGGACAGGAGAAGAAGUGACUCGGCAAGAGACAAUGUUUACCAGUACACGACUGUGGUCGCUGCCUCCGGAACAAGCCGACUCGUUAUUGAAGAUAUGCAGACUUCAUGAAUGCACGAUUACAUCUUUCCUGCACACCGCUACCGUGAUGGUAUUCAGCACACUCCUACGGGAUUCACCGAAACGAUACAAAUACCUUGCAAGUGACAUCCCAAUUUCCUUGCGUCGAUUCACGAAAGCACCAGCGGACGUAUUCUGCGAUCACGUUUCAGCAGGCUACUUCUUUUCUCCCAUCACCAGAUAUCCUCCUGAGCUUGUGGAUGACUUCGAGGCUCUGGCGAAACGGUUUCCUUGGGAAGAUGCAGCACGUACCACAUCCGAUCUUCGCAAGAAAGUGCCAAAGUGCAGACAGGAAGUUGGCACUCUCAAUCUUCUCUUCGGCCGGUACCAACCGUUCUUCAGGGGAAAGAUAGGGAAAAAGCGACAUGGAACUUUCGAGUUGUCUAAUGUCGGUCCUUUUCCCUUCGACAAGUCCGAUAAUGAGGCAGGUCGGAAAUGGAAGGUGGGGGAAAUGUUCUUCGGACAGUGCGAUGCUCUACUCGGGGCUACGAUCAAGUUGGGUGCGGUUGGUUCGCAAGACGGUUCUCUGGGACUGUGUUUUAACUGGGCAAACGGUUCGAUAGACGAUGUUCUUGCGCAGUUCUUCGUGGAUCAUUUUCGCAGUCUCGUUGAGGCGAUUCUGAAGCAGGCUCAGUGACGCAAAUCUCCGUGAGUCGAAGUUUGCUUCUUCAAAUGCUAUUUCUCAGUUUCUCGUAUAACAGUGUACCUCUCUACCAUCUUUUGCAGUAUAAUCAGCGAGUUAAUAGAUAUGGCCUCGAUAGCGAAACCGAAUACUUCUGCGAAUCUUGCAGAUGAUCCGCGAUUUGAAAAACAUAUGGACUGCCAGACUUAUCGGCAUUGAGGUGGCUUUGCGUUUAUCACGGCUAAAUACGUUUCCUAUGUCAAAUUCGACAAGGGCAUAGAUCUUCUAUAGGACCAUUGCGCACUCGGCAUUCAAGUACGGUUCGAGGCCGUUCGUGCUCCUCCGCUCGUGGGUCUCAGUAACGUCAAUCUUUCUCAAGACUUUAUGUACCUUUCAUACUCAGGAUUACAUCGCACUUAUGGCCCAGUUCCCAUGGACGAACUGCGUUGAGAUAUCGCGGAAACUACAGAGACCUCUCCAAACCCCGCGAGAAAGUCGGCAUGCUGGAUUUCUCUUCGGCAAAUGCGAUGGUUGACUGCAAGGCAUGCUGAAACUCACGUUAGUUUCGCCCUAUCCAACCUCGGACCGUUUCAACUUUUUCAAAGGGCACUUCAGACUUAGGUGUGCCUGGGAAGCACAGAGUAAUCUUUGGAGAAUCAAGAAUAUGUUCUUCUCUCAGAGUGAUCCUGUGGUCGGUGCUGUAUUCAAAAUAAACAUUGUCGGUGCUCC